CACAAUCCGGAUAUUUCGAACCGCCGCGAGACGGCGUUUACCAUUCUCUUUGUGGUCAGCAAAAGGUGAACUUGCUUCGUUCUGCCGUAGGUAGAGUGGCUGAAGUAACUUUACUUGAACGUCAGGGAUUGUUCUCAUGGAUCUGUAGUACAAUCCAAUUAUUUAUAAUGAGUCCUCAGGUUGUUGGCCUUUUGUUUGUGACCUUUGUAACCCUGCUAAAGACGACCAAUGGGCAGGUUCCAAUGCAUACUAACUUCUUUGGACAAGGGGGAAUGCUUGAUCAUGAAUGUUAUGAGCGACCUUACCAGACUUCAUGUGUAGGUCCAAUCCCCCGCUAUUUCUAUAACGCCACCGAUAAAAGGUGUGAACAAAUAAACAAUGUGUGUGGGUAUGGCGGCUUCUUUAGCUUGCAAGAGUGUGACAAUAAGUGCACAUGCCGCAUUCCACCAGAGGCAGGUACCAACACGUGUCCUGGAGCAGUAGAGUCACAGCGAUAUUUUUUCCAACAGAGUGGAGACCUAUGUUUACCCUUUACAUACUAUGGAUGUGAGGGAAAUGGAAAUAACUUUGCAACAUCUUUAGAAUGUACUAUGCAAUGUAAUCCUCUACGUGAGAUAGAACAGGGGGACGUGAUGAGAAAAUUGGGUUUCACCAAUGAACGAGCAUUUGAAAUGCAGGCUGGAUUAUUCAAUUACGGAGCUCCUCCUCCGCCCCCGCCCCCACGUCCCAAAGCCAAUCCAGCUCCACUGCCACCUCAUCCACCACCAAACCCAUCUCACCAACACCAUCCUCCAGGACCACCACCUCGACGUCCACCACCACCGCCAGCGGCUGGUCAUUUUACCCCCACUUCGUCCUCGUGGAACAGCCAUCCUACGCCAACAUAUCGACCACGUUGGCAGCCUCCACCUCCACCACCAAAUCAACGACCGUCUUACAUGCCACAUAUGCGGUCCCCGCGACCCCCUCCUCCUCCACCUCCUCCAAAUCAACAAGCAUUAUUUGGAAACCAUCCGAUGAAAAGACAGAUGAUACACCCUCCCCCGCCAAACAACAGAAGAAAUGGCGGCCAAAAUCCUGUUACACAUUCCACUGCCAAAUCUACGUUCAGUAUGAGCAAUGUUAAAGAUAAGCUUAAACAGUUUGCAAAAAAUGUUAUAAACAGACAAACACCACGGAAAAACGGAGGAGGUAUGAAUUGGAAUCCUCCAAAUCGAGGACAAAUGCGCUCUAAUGGUCAAGCGACCAUCCCGCCUACCCCAACAAUGUCGAUAGCCCCGUCAACCAUGAUGCCCAUGGGGAAUAACUGGCGAGGAAGAGCAAACCCAAGACAAAGAAAACAAGGGACAGCGGAAAGUAAUAAAAUCGCCGUCAAACCGACUCCAAGUGAUCAAGGCAUCACAUCUGGGUCAUUAAAUCAGCCAAAAAUGAAAAUGGCGAAAUCUACUACGACUCAGGCCAGUGUUGGUUUUAAUGGCGGCACAACUGAUUACUAUUACUAUGACAACAAUGGGUACACGACAGCUGGUUACUACAACAAUGUUCAGUCAGGAUGGAGAAAUACGGGACGAGGAAUGGGCAAGUAGUUCAAUAUAUCAAUUGCAAAUGGCAGAAGAAAUUCCCUCUAAGAGGGAUGGCGUGCCGAGGUCUCAUGGCGGAUUUUACACAUGUAUUCAAAAUCAGCCUAAUAUAUUUAUAGUCUAUUAUUGGAACAAUAUUCGGUGUAAUCUUUCAAAUUGUUAAGAUAUACUCAUCAUAAAUCUACCUGUAUACCAACAGUAAAGUUGUAAAUAUUUUGUUGUGAAAAUGUGGAUAUCAAAGUAAUUCGCGUAUUCAGGGAGCAUUAUUUUGCAUCUAAUUAACACUGACGCUAUUUAUAUAUAUAUAUGUUAAUGAACGACGGCUGAGUAUUUCGACCAAGGUUACUUUGCCUAUGUUUGGUAUCCUGUGAUAUCCAUGCUCAAAAAUUAAAAUUUGUAUGUUUUAUUAUAAAGACUUGCCAACCGGCCAAUUACUAGCACACAGUUAGUGAUGCUAAAUGCUGCAACAUGUCAUGAUUUUAACAAAGAUAAAAAUAUAGGGGAAACGCGGACAUAAACUUUCUUAGACAUGUCUUGUGAAUUUGCACGCAAAAUGAAAUUUAUUUAAUUGAGUGUAUUGUUAAAAUACCUGUAUGAGUAAUAUACCUGGGUGAUUGCGUGUCCGGUGUUGCUGUUUGUUGUAUUGCUGAAGUGUCAUUGUUGUAUGUUGCUUGUGUGUGUUUGUCGAACUCUCAAAGAGAGUCGUAUGGUAGAACGCAUUUCAUGUAAACAAUCAACAUAAAUUUAAGUUUAUUUUGCAGUUUUAUUAUUGCUUUCCAUAUUAUUUAAUAAGAAUAUUUAUAAGUAAAAAUGUAAAUAUGUAGUUGACAUAGUAGGAGAAACGAAAAAUGAUAUUGAGAUUUUAUAUUUAUAUAAAAGACAAAAGAAUAUAUUGUCUCUAGGUACAAUAGGGUUCUGAUCGCUGAGUGACAAAAAGAAUUUAAUGAUUUUGUAUAAAGUUAUGUUUUUUUGGAGUCUUUAAUUUUAUUGACAUAACAAGAGAAUAUCAACAUCUGAAAUAAAAUUGUCUUGUUUUUAA